AUGGUCUCCAUCCGCAACAUCUUCACUGCCGCUCUGGCUCUCGCUGCUCCCAUCUCUGCGGCUAUUACUCCUGCCCAGAUGGUCGACAACAUCAAGAUGGUCACCGCCAAGAGCCAGGCUCUCCAGGCACCUGCCCAGUCCAUCACCAUCGUCAAUGGACCUCUCAUCGUCAUUGGCCAGGGACCCUUCCCCCAGAUCAUUGCUGGUUUCACCGACAUCGUCACCACUGUCACUGUUGCCAUCGCUCAGAUGGACGGCUCUCAGCCCGUCAAGGCUGGUGCUCAGGCUGACGCCAUCUUCGAUGCAUUCCGCGAAUUCGUCCGCGUCCACCAGGCUCUCCUGAACAUCCUCAUCGGCAAGGCUGGCCUCUUCACCACCGUCCCCUUCAUCGGCCAGCCUGUUGCUGCUGUCCUCAGGCAGAUCGAGAGCGUCGUCGACACCAUCGCUUUCGCCAUCAUCGACCUUGUUCAGUCUCGUGCUGCCGAUCUCCAAAGGGAGGCCAACAGCCUCGGCGCCACCCUCGAUGUCUGCAUCAACUCUUACCAGGGUCUUUAA